AUGCGGGAGGCCCAGAAUCGAAACAGCUCGCCCUUUCCUUCGCCCACGGAGACUGUGUCGCCCAUCGCUGUGCCCCAUCCGCACCAGCUGCAGCCGCCCUUGUCAUCGUCGUUGUAUAGCGGUCCCCAUAGCCAUGACCUGUCAGGGACCAAACGGCUGGAUGGGAUAGUAUCGGAGAAGGAUGGUGUCGUGCAGUCAGGCCAAGUACCUCGUUUGUCGCGUGGAGACUCUGCAGAACAAGUGCUCGGUCUGACUCCCAUCACCGAAGACGCCCGUUCAGGGACAGAACGAAAGGAUGACCAGGGACGGAGCUCGCAGACCCUCCAGGAGUUGCGGAGGCAGAUGGAGGAGCUGUUGGUGUACCAGCAAAUGCAGCAGAAUCAGCACCUCCCGGCGCAGCCUGAGCCCAUGCCCGAUCAGUCGGCGGACAAAAGACGGCGUCUAUCAAAUGGUUCAGUCGCUUUUCGAACCCCGCCGGCGAUUACUUCUGAUUCAACUGGCUCGGGGGGUACGAUCAAACUAGCGGACUCUGCCAAUUCCACCGGUCCUGGUGGACAACCAGUCUCUUAUCCUUUCCCACGAGUGCAGGCUCACGCAACCCCUGAGCCCCCUACACGCCCGAGUCAAUUUAGAUUGAAACUUCCAUCCGAGAAGUUGAAGUCCUCUGUGUCUCUGCCCGAGUCCGGGGACGAGCGUCCCGCCGCUGCAAUGAAGCACCCCGAUCUGCAACCGAUAUUUCUGCCGCCCCAGUACAAGAACGUUUCCGAUGACGCAGCCGGUUUCAGUCCCAAUCUCUAUGAUCUGACCUUGAAACUGAAUGCGAAUCCGGGACUAGAAGCGUGGUGGUCCAAUCUAAUAGAAAUUUUGCAGAGCAGCUAUGGCGCCGAGCGUGUGUCACUAGCAGUUCCGGGAGAUGCAACAGAUCUGGAGAAUGUGCCAUGGGGUCAAAAGGCGCUUUUCAACCAGAAUCGUCCUUCCAUGCAAAAUAUCCAGGCUCGUCCUUCAGGGAAUAGUGCGUCAUCGGACGUGCAAGUCACACCCAAGAAUAAUGAUACAACGGGGCAGAAGAAACGGGACACCAGGUCUGGUUCGCAGACCAAAGCGUUCGGACCAGCUUCUGCUACCCCUCGGCCAUCUCUAUUGUCGCGUCACUCCUUCGCAGGUUUCGAUAGAGAUAAGCCACAGGCCUCGGUACCUGAGCUCGGACCGCCUAAGAAUUGGUCAAAGGCCAAUACGGCCAGACCGGAGAAGAAAGAGGCUCAUGAUUCUCUUGCUUCUAGUCCACCUGCAGGAACAGCAUCUCUAUCUAAUCAAAAUCUAAUGGCAAAAGCAGAACCGCACGUUACGUUCAACAACUCCAACCCACGUCAAGCUGUUUUCCCAGUUGCCAGACCGUUGGAGGUUGAGCCAGAUCCUCUAAUCAAGCGAGCGGGUGUCGUGAAACUCUUCGGUCGCGCCCGUCCUGCUAUCCUCACUCGCCAGUAUUCCGAAGAUUACCUGUCACAUCGUCGACGUCAUGGAAGCCCUCAGGAGCAUGUCCAGCUCACACCCAAUGCUGGGAAUCCAGAUGAGAUUCCGGGGCAUGCUGCGGUGGCAGCUACUGACCGACAAAAACAUGCUUCAACCUUGAACGUCACUGCUUCGCAGCCGUAUGACGAGUACGAGCAAGCUCCACAAUCCCCAUGGUCUCAAUCUCCUGCCCCGUCACCAGCUCCUCGUACAAACCCGGAUCAGAAUCCCUUUUUCAACAGCCAUACUGUCGACGAGGGGGCUUUCUCAAAGAACCCACCUACCCAUGAUUACUCUAAUACCCUUCCGUUGGAGGCCAUCGGCGUCGAUGAAGCGAGGACUGUGAUUCAUAUUCCACUUCUUCAUGGCGAUCGUUCCAGCCAUGACUCUCCAUUGACGUUAAGAUUUCCGGUUGCCGUCAUAUCGCUCUUGACGCCGAUUGUUCCCUACCCGCCCAAUCUCCGGCGGUCCCUGGAGUACCUCAUGCCACACUUGACGACUUCAUUUUGUUUGGCCCAACAGUACAGUCAGCUCGAACGCCAGAUGGCCUCGAGAGCAGAUACCUCCCGGUAUGGACAUCUGUUGGGUCUUGGUGGGACCUUCUCCGAUGCUAGCAGUGAGCUGGAGCUUGUGGCAGGUCUGAGCGGGCACGUCACCCAUUCUGUCGCCAGCGACACCCCCUCUCCGCUCGUCCCUACCAUAUCCACCUUCGGAACUCCAGGGGUUGAAUUCGGUCAACUUGGCUUCGGGUCAGCGGGCCCCUCCAUCGAUUCUCCCGGGGUGGCCUCGCGAGCUGGCGGUGAAGCUGGAGACAGUUAUUUCAAUGUGCCACAAGCACGGGGCUCUCGCGAAAACAUCUCACAUCAUCGGCGCCAGCUGUCAAAGUCAAAGAUAAACCUCGUGUCAUCGACGCCCACGUCUCCCGGUCCCGGCAAGCUGCUUGGGAAACUGUAUUCCGGCGAUGAGAGUAAUCUACAGGAUCCAACUCUUGUUAUGGCAUCAUCAUUGGACGAAAUCAAACAAUUACCUGUGGUUUCUCCGAAUCAACAGUCAUCACGCCAAGCAUCGACGAACUCCUUGUACGCCCAGCUGCAGCGGGAGCUGUCCCGUCCAUUUUCUGACACCAUCGCCCAACUGAUGCUCAAUUCCAUUCCUCUUCAUCUCUUUCUAGCUAGGCCACAUACCGGCGAGGUGAUUUGGACGAAUGCCAAGUUUGACGCUUACCGGAGAAGUCAACCUCAGGAGCAGAAGUUGAGAGACCCUUGGCAGAACAUUCAUAGCAGUGAGCGGGUCCAUGUCUCCAAUGAAUGGGCCAAUGCUUUGCGGACAGGCUCGCAGUUUACCGAACGAGUGCGCGUUAGGCGGUUUAAUGAUGAAUCGGCAUACCGUUGGUUUAUUUUCAGGGCAAACCCACUGCUAUCAUCAACUGGCGAGGUGCUUUAUUGGAUCGGCUCUUUCCUCGACAUCCACGAACAGCACAUUGCGGAAUUGAAGGCGAUAGAAGAGAAAGAAAAAUUUGCCAUCGAUGCAAAGUACCGUGCAUUCUCGAAUUCAAUCCCGCAGGUCGUCUUUGAAGCGACUGAAAAUCGCGGGCUGAUAUUCGUUAACGAGCAGUGGAACCUGUAUACAGGUCAAAGUUUGGAAGAAGCCUUGGGUCUGGGAUUCGUCACACAUGUCCAUCCUGACGACCUCGAAAAGUGCGGUGGACUGUCUUUCAAGGCGAACCAGGAUCAACUCGGAUCGGCCAAUUUCGCGGAGUCGAUUAAGCCCACUCUCGACAGUGCGCGAUUGGCACCGUCUGUGGAUGGUGGAGGCGUCGCAUCUGCGCUUAAUGAUCUUGUGGAACGCGGCGUCGCUUCCUUGCAGAAAGACGAAAGCGGCCGUGUCUUCUAUUCUACAGAGAUCCGUCUUCGUUCGAGAGGAGGCGACUUCAGAUGGCACCUAGUCCGUCUGGUACGGGUUGAAACCAGCAGCUUCGGAAGCGAAGAAGCCUCCUGGUACGGCACAUGCACUGACAUUAAUGACCGAAAGAACCUUGAGCGUGAACUCAACAAGACCAUGCGUCAGUUGAACAGUCAAAUGGAGUCCAAGACCAAAUUCUUCAGUAAUAUGUCGCACGAGAUUCGGACACCGCUUAAUGGAAUUCUUGGCACCAUUCCAUUCAUUCUCGACACACAGCUCGACAGUGAUCAGAGGCGAAUGCUAGACACAAUUCAAAACAGCUCCACGAAUCUCCGUGAAUUGGUUGAUAACAUCUUGGACGUCUCUCGGGUCGAAGCAGGCAAAAUGACCAUGGUCAAUUCUUGGUUCCACGUUCGGUCCAUGAUCGAGGAUGUGAUUGACACCAUUGGUUCGCGUGCUAUCGACAAAUGCCUUGAACUAAACUAUUUGAUGAGCCCUGACGUACCAUCAAUGGUGAUUGGGGAUCGGUUCCGAAUCCGCCAGGUGCUGAUCAAUCUUGUCGGUAAUGCAGUCAAAUUCACCUCCCAGGGCGAAAUCCAUAUUUGCUGCAGCCUCCAUCGUGAACCCUCUGCGAAUGUCAAAGACACGGAAGUCUUUUUAGGCUUUGAUGUCGUGGACACGGGGACAGGCUUCAGCUCUGAGGAUGCGGAGCGCCUCAUGCAGCAAUUCAGCCAGCUGGGAGAAAAAGGAUCACAGCAGCAUGCAGGCAGUGGUCUUGGGUUGUUUCUAUCCAAGCAGCUUGUCGAGAUGCACGGUGGCAAACUCAUACCCAGCAGCAAAGAGGGCCAAGGGGCGAAAUUUUCCUUCCAUGUCAAAGUUGAUGCCCCCUCUCCUCCGUCACCUGCUGAGCAUCCCCCGCUACUCCGUCAAGGAUCAUCCGCAUCCAGCAGAAGAAGACCCAGGCUGUCUCGACCAACUUCUUAUCAGGCGGCCCGGCUACCACGUCGAGCCUCUGAUGCCAAAUCUCCGGACGCAGCCGAUCCAUUGCCUGGACCAGACUCUACAACUGUCGAUGGGACCCUGUCAGCUGAGAAUCUUUACCCACACUCUGCCACAUCAUCUGCUCUUCCGACCCCUGAUAUUAGAACUGUGAACAUGUUAUCUGGCUUCGGGCAGUCAGGUGCUACGUCUAAUCCACCAACCGUCGACCAUGAGACGCAAACGAGUAUAAGCGCAGCACCUAGUUCCGCAGCAUUAGAGCCCCCAAUCCGUUUGACUCCUCCGCCAUCGAGUACGUCUGUGCCCUCGGGCAAGCCUUCACCGGACCUCCCCUCUGUUGUUCCGAUUGAAGGCCCCUUGUCGAUUCUCAUCGUGUGUCCGCUGGACAACACCCGCCAAGCCACCAGGCAGCAUAUUGAGCAGGUUGUCCCACAAGAGAUUGAUUUCACGAUUACAACACUGCACGAUAUUGAUGAGUGGAAAGAUAUGAUGCGGCCAGGUUUCAACUCGAAAUGCACGCAUCUGGUCCUCAACUUACCCGCCGCGGAUGACCUUUUGGAUGUCAUACAAUACGUGUCAGAGAUUGAGCCGAACUCUGCUCCUGUAGUGGUCAUUAUUUCCGACUUGUACCAGAAACGCCAAAUCAGCACACGGGUGAAGGAGCUGGCAGCGACAGGGAAACAGGUGUUCAUUGUGCCCAAGCCUGUCAAGCCGUUCUCUUUCUCAACCAUCUUCGACCCCAGUAGCAAGCGCGAACUGAGCAAGGACCGCAAUCAGGACAUGGCGCGUGAGAUUAACAACAAUUUCAAAUCCAUGUCCAAAUUGGUCAAAGAGGUGCUUGGUAACAAAGGCUACCGCAUAUUGCUUGUGGAAGAUGACGAGACCAAUCGUGAUGUCAUGCUCAAAUACCUGGACAAAGUCAAGCUAAUGUCUGAGACCGCAUGCAAUGGGCAGGAGUGCACAAACAUGGUCUUGUCCAAGGAGCCUGGGUACUAUUCUCUGAUCAUCUGUGACAUCCAAAUGCCGAUCAAGAACGGAUACGAUACGUGCCGGGAUAUUCGUGCAUGGGAACAGAAGAACCAUUAUCCUCAGAUCCCGAUCAUGGCCCUCUCUGCCAAUGCAAUGAACGAUCAGAUCGAAGACGCGGCUCGCGCUGGCUUCAAUGACUAUGUCACGAAGCCUAUCAAGCACAACGAGUUGGGCAAGUUGAUGAUCGGGCUUCUGGAUCCCGCGCGACCUCUUCUGCUACUUCGGGAUCGCCUCCAUUCGCACAACGUGGAAGCUCAACCCACUCGGCGGUGA